AUGUCUACUGGAAAAAAAGAUACUAUCAAUAUACUCGAUUUACCUGACGAAAUAGUGCUUGCUAUCAUCAGGAAAUUAAAUAUGAUCAAUGUACUUUAUUCACUGGUGGGUGUAAAUCAACGAUUUGAUCGACUUGUACUCGAUCCUCUCUAUGUUCAUCAUCUAGAUUUAACGGUUACGUCGUUGCUUAAUAACAAUUUUUCAGUAGGCAAGAAAGUUCUUGAUAGAAUUUGUGAAGAAAUUUUGCCUCGAAUUAGUAAUAAUAUUAAAAAAAUCAUUCUUGAUCAACAUUCUAUGGAACGUAUACUUCCUGCUAUUGUCUUUUCUCAACUUUAUUCAUUAACACUUAGCACUUUACAACCAGAUGCACUUUUACCAUACUUAACAGAAUUAACAUUAUAUCUAUCGAUAAGACGAAUUGAAUCGACUUAUAUUGAUGGUACUCAUUUAUACGAUGAAAUUCUUAUUCAUAUGCCACAAUUAAAAAAAUUCAAUUUCAAUAUAUAUACACUUGUUUUCAACAAAGAUAUCAAAAUUAAUCUUCCAUCAAACAAUGAUAUUCAACAGAGUUUUGUCAAAAGAGGAUAUCAACAAAUUGAUUCAUAUACUCACAAACGAUCAACAAUAAAUGUAUCCACAUGCCAUAUCUAUUCACUUCCAUAUCAAUUUGAUAAUUUUUUUAAUAUGAACUGCCAUUUUCCAGGUGGUAUAUUUGAGAAAGUUCAGUGUGUGGUGAUGACUGAUAAAGAACAUCCAUUCGAACGUGAACUUUUUCAAAUUAUGUCUCAUUCUUUUCCUUUUCUUCGACAAUUAGCUAUGUGUAAUUAUGAACCACAAAAAAGAAAACAGCAUUCAUCUGAGAAUGAUAAAGAUUCAUCAACAAUAUCGAAUACAGAUAAAGAUAAAAAAGUUAAUCGUAAACAAUUAGGUGCUUUUGGAAAUAAUUCAUUAAUGAUGAAAUUACUCGAAUUAAAACGUUCAUUAUAUCAAAUACAUAAAAGUUCAUUAAAUUCAUCUGAGAAUGAUCGUUUUGAACAAGUAUUUUCAACAACAUUAAUGUGUAUGAAAUCAGUUUUACGUCUUACUUUUUUAAUUGGUGGAAUUUUAUGGACAACAGGAAAUAUUCUAAGUAUUUUUGUUAUUCGUAUUAAUGAUUUAGGAAUGUCAACGUUACUUUGGUGUACAACAAAUAUGCUUGUUGGUUGGGCAAGUGGACAUUUUGGUUGGUUUGGUUUAUCACCCGAAAAUGUUGAAAAACCAAUUCUUAAUUAUAUUGGUGUUAUAAUUACUUGUUUAAGUGGUAUUGCAUUUUUAGGAAUACGUACAAUAAAACAAGAAGAAAUUAUUCAAAAUUUAGAAGAAGAACAACAACCUAUUCUUCAAUCAUCGCCAAUUGUAACAACAUGUAAUGAUGCAACUCCAAUUGAUACACCAACUAUUACUAUUUCAUCAUCUACAAAUUUAUAUAAAUGUAUUAUUGGUUGUAUAUUAGCUAUUAUUGCUGGUAUUUUAUUUGGUUUUAUUUUUAUUCCAAGUACUUAUAUUCAAGAUCAUCCUAAUAUAUAUCAAACAGCAUCAAAAAAUGGUCUUCAUUAUGUAUUUGCAAUGUAUUCUGGAAUAUUUUUUUCAUCAAUGUUUUACUAUCUAAUUUAUAUUGUUUGUAAAGUUAUUAUAUCUGGUAUUAUGUGGAGUAUUGCACAAGUUGGUUUUCUUAUUGCAAAUAGUGUUUUAAGUCAAACAAUAUCAUUUCCAUUAAUUACAAUUGGACCUGGUACAAUUGCAAUAUUUUAUUUUAAAGAAAUUUUUGGUCGAAGAAAUUAUUUAAUUAUUAUUAUUGGUACAUUACUUCGAAUUAUUUCUGCUAUACUUAUUAUAUUAUCAAAACCAAUACCACGUUAA